AGACUCUCGAGAGUCUUCUUCGCCACCGCUACUGCACCAAAAGGAUGAACCGCUCGAAAGUAAAAAUAAAUAAAGAUAAAAAAACGUACACAGAAAUGGCUCCGAAGAAGCAACCAGGUCCCCGGCCGAAACGUGCCGUUAGGAGCACCGCCAAGCGCGCCGUUCCCGACCUUACGCCUAUUCCUUCCUCUGAUUCCUUAACUGCUGUUAAAUCUCCACACAAUGGCGAAACAAAAACUACCGCAAAAUCAGCUUCUGAAAGUGCACUUUUACCGGCUUCUUCCCCCGCGAUUGAAAAUGGAACCACGUCGGCGACAUCUUCGGUUACAGUUCCUGCAGAACCUUUGAAGGAAAGAGCCGUAGACGAGAAGAGGCAAAAUUCUUCAAUGGAAACGCAAAAUGAAAAAAUUAGCGCGGGAAACGAAACCCUAGCUCAGGAGAAUGACGCGAGAAUCGAGGAGAAAGACUUGAUUGGUGGGAGUGGGAAUGCUAAUGGAGAUUCUGGGAACGAUAAUCUGGUGGCGAUGGAGCCGAAGAAGAAGACAAAGAAGGUGGUGGUAAAGGUUGUGAAGAAGUUAGUGAAAAAGAGAGUGCCCAAAUAUAUGCAUAAGGCCGUGACUGCGUGUUCGAAUAAAGAAUUGACGACAGAGGAGGUUUUGGAUGAUGGUGGUGACAAAAUUAGCAGCGUUGAUUGCGUUUCUCUGACAAUGCAAGAAAUUGGAAUGGUUAAAUUGAGUGCAGAACCAGAGGAUAAAGGAUUGGAGAAGCAACCCAAACUUUUGGAUGGUGACGGUAAUGAUUCCAUGCCAAAGCUGGAAGUUGGAGGGGUUGAUUCUUCAAUUUCUGUCCCAGUUAGGGCUGACAAGUCUGAUGCCUGUGUGACAUUGUCAAUGGAAGAAGCUAAAAACCCUGAUCAGCCUUUUGGUGUUUCUAUGGAAGCUGAAACCUUUAAAACAAUGGGUGGAGGAGGAAAAGAAGUUUCUGUGAAUGAAAUUCCAGUGGAUGGCGAAAAGAGUGAGGGUGUAGUUGAGAAAUCAGAUGCUGCUACUAAAAUGCCCGCGGAAGUGAUGAAUGUGAAUUUAGUUAGGGAUAGAAAUAAUGAGUGUGUGGUUCAAGUUGUGGAGUCGAACAGUGGAAUUGAGGAGGGAGGGAAGGAGGAUAGUGAGAUGGGUAAUGGAAGGAUAGUUUUGAGCGGGGAGCUGGAGGCACUGGAGAGGAGGAGGAGGAGGAAAACAGAGAUUUUCAUUGGUGGGUUGAACACUGAUGCAAAGGAGGAGGAUGUCAGGAAGGUUUUUGAGGAAGUUGGUGACAUUGUGGAAGUUAGGUUGGUGAUUAAUAGCAAGACAGGGAAGAAUAAGGGCUUUGCAUUUGUGAGGUAUGCUUCAGCCGCGGAUGCAAAGAAGGCAUUGGAGAAAUACCCAAAAGCCGAGAUUUGUGGAAAGCGGUGUACUACAGCUCCUGUUGAGGGCAAUGACACAAUUUUUCUUGGUAACCUUGACAAGAGGUGGACAAAUGAAGAUGUCGUUAAACUGUUGCAUGAGAUGGGAAUUGAGAAAAUAGAUAAAGUCACUGUGAUGCCUGAUCCUUCAAAUGUGGGACGUAAUCGUGGGUUUGCAUUUUUAGAACUUGAAACUAACAAAGAUGCUCAAUUUGCUUUCAAGAAACUUCAGAAGAAUGACCAGGGAAAGCUUCGAAAUAUAAAAGUUGCUUGGGCUGAACCCUUAAGUGAGCCAGUUGAAGAAGAGUUGCUGAAGGUUAAGUCAGUAUAUGCAGAGUAUUUACCUUCCUCGUGGGAUGAAGAAAAAGUGAGAAGUUACUUUACAAAGUUUGGAGAAAUUGAAAAUGUUGUUCUUUCCCGAAAUCUACCUUCUUCAAGGAGAAAAGACUUUGCCUUUGUUAAUUUUAAAACCCGUGAAGCUGCUCUUACAUGCAUAGAAUUGUUCAACCAUGAGAGAUUGAGUGACAAGGGAUCUCAGGUAAAUGUAAAGUUAUCCCUUGCAAAACCUAUGCAAAAGGGUAAAGCCCAUAAGAAAGUCUCCAAGCCUACAGGUAAAGAAGUUUCAAAACAAAAACAGUCAAGUCAAGGUCCUGCAAAGCAAGUUGAACUGAGAAACAGCAAAACUCCUGCCAUACGUAUUGAUGAUCAAAUAUUGGGUGAUAUAAGAUCCUCUAGAACAGCUGAGCUUGAGCGACGCUUAGCAGAGCGGGCUCUACAGAAGCAAAUGCAAGCAAGAUUGAGUUCAGGCAUGGCGAAUUGGGAUUAUUCUCAAGCAUUACCUGGACAGAAGCGCUCUUUCUUUAUGUUGGGAGAUGAUCUGAAUUAUUCAGAUCCUAGAGGGUACACUCGUAUUCGAACGGAAAGUUCUUAUCCGGUUGGAAGCCUUAGCCAUGGUGAUGUUCCCCCAGGUGUUGGAAUGGAUUCUCUUUCUUAUUAUCAGCGGCAAGGUGCUGGCCAUGCAUUAGGCAAACCCUUAUGUGAUUGUGGCUUUUUGAUAAUAUAUAAUGAUGUUUAUUUUACUUCAUUUUGGUGGUUUUCUUUUUGUCAGGUCACAGAUAUCCAGAUUAUGCAAAUAGUUUUCAGAGAGAAGAACCUCCUUAUCAUGGCACUGGUAGAGACGACUACAAAUGUUAGAAGAUGUUUUGCCCUGUCACUUGAACUCCUAUUUUCAUCUUCCGUAUUGUAAUUUUCCUGAAAUUCAUUGCGUAGUUUCAUUGGUUAGCUAUUAGUGCGUUGGUUUCCUGUACAACAUUUAUUGAUAGGAGGAUUGUUAAGGACCUAUUUGCAUUAGUAGCUAUGUUUAGCUGUUGGAUGUUAAUAGCUAGAGAUUGCAGCUUUUAGUUCUUCCAUUAAAUUUUUGAAACACUAUUGCUAGAUUAUUGACAAGCUACUCAAACAUCA